CAUGGAAACAUGUGUAAACAAACACAUACCUGCGAUCACUGUUUACCUGCUUUCCUAUAGUGUUGGUCAGAAGCAAUGCCGGACAAUACCGUUAUACGUGCAAAGUGUCUUCUCUUUGGUGACUGUACUGUGGGCAAGACUUCCCUUGUGCAGGCGUUUCUCUCAGAUGGGGGCGAUUUUCCCAAGAAUUACAACAUGACUCUAGGUGUCGACAUUGAGACGAAACUCAUUAAUGUUCCCGACACGAAUUAUUCGGUCGAACUCUUCCUCUUCGAUUGUUCUGGCAAGGAGUUCUACAGGAGUCUGGUUCUCAAAAUGAGCAGUCAGCCAUCUUUGGUCCUUCUUAUGUAUGACGUCACCUCGGAACAUUCUUUCAAAUGUAUCACUGAUCUUUAUAACCAGAUAAAGGGGCAACAUUCCGAACAUCUGAACGGUGUCCUUUUCGCCAAUAAAACCGACCUGACAGCGCGCCGAAUCGUCAGUCCGAAAGCCGGGCGCGACAUCGCUCAUAGUCUCGGACUGCAGUACUUCGAAGGGUCUGCUAAAGAUCAACACGGCGUGGAGGAGCCCUUCUUCUUCUUAGUCAACGAGUGGUUCAAGACAUACACAGACAAAGUCCAUGCAAUGAAACUCAUCACGUGAGAGCUGGCGUCCUGGGUCAGUUUUCAUUCCUCCUUUUGCUGACUUGUUCACUUUGACACGGGAUGGCAGAUAUUUUCACCAAUAAAAUCACUUGUAUAUCUUAUCUUUUCAUUGAUGUUAUAUCACUAUUUCAUGUACAAAAUACAUAUAUCUCAUUUU